CGUCAGGCGCGGGCGGAAGCGGGCGGGUGGCGGAGGGUCGCGGCGGCCGCGCCAUGGUGGAUUACAGCGUGUGGGACCACAUCGAGGUCUCGGACGACGAGGACGAGACUCACCCCAACAUCGACACCGCCAGCCUCUUCCGAUGGCGGCACCAGGCUCGAGUGGAGAGGAUGGAGCAGUUCCAGAAGGAAAAGGAGGAGCUGGAUAAAGGCUGCAGGGAAUGCAAGAGGAAAAUCGCCGAGUGCCAGAGGAAGAUGAAGGAGCUGGAAUUGGCCGAGCCGGAGAGCGGGAAGGGGGAGCUGGAAAAGCUCCAGGCUGAGGCUCAGCAGCUGAAAAAUGAGGAGAAAAGUUGGGAGAAUAAAUUGGAGGAGCUGAGGAAGAAGGAGAAGAACAUGCCCUGGAAUGUGGAUACGCUCAGCAAGGAUGGAUUCAGUAAGAGCGUUUUCAACGUGAAACCCGAGGAGAAGGAGGAGACAGAGGAGCAGAAGGAGAAGAAACACAAAAGUUUUGUGGAGAGAUACGAAAAGCAGAUUAAACAUUUUGGGAUGUUGAGGCGUUGGGACGACAGCCAGAAAUUCCUGUCGGAUAAUCCUCACCUGGUGUGCGAGGAGACAGCAAAUUACCUGGUGAUCUGGUGCAUCGACCUGGAGGUGGAGGAGAAACACGCGCUGAUGGAGCAGGUGGCUCACCAGACCAUCGUCAUGCAAUUCAUCCUGGAGCUGGCCAAGAGCCUCAAGGUGGAUCCCAGGGCUUGUUUCCGGCAGUUUUUCACCAAAAUUAAGACGGCGGAUCAGCACUACCUGGAGGGCUUCACCGAGGAGCUGGAGGCUUUCAAGGAGCGCGUGCGGGGCCGGGCCAGGGCCAGGCUGGAGAAGGCGCUCAGGGAUUACGAGGAAGAGGAGAGGCAGAAACGCCUCGGGCCCGGGGGGCUCGACCCCGUGGAUGUCUACGAGUCCCUGCCUGCCGAGCUGCAGAAAUGUUUCGAUGUCAAGGACGUGCAGCUGCUGCAGGAAACCAUCGGCAACAUGGACCCCACCGAGGCCAAGUACCACAUGCAGCGCUGCAUCGACUCCGGGCUCUGGGUUCCCAACGCCAAAGGUGGGGAAGGGUCCGAGAGGGGAGCGGGGGAAGCGACCCCCGAAGAGACCCCCAAAGAAAACGGAGCCGAGGAAAAACCCUGAGGAAAGAAAAACAAAAAAAGGGAAAAAAAAGGAAAAAUUCCCAAAAAAAAAAGGUGGAAAAACGACAAAAAUACACAGAAAAAAAAAAAUAAAA